AAGCCCUGCAAAAUUCUUGUAAGUGUGCCCAUAAAUACAUUCACUCACUCCAUGGCUUCUACUAACCAUUUCCAAUGUAUUUUCUUGGCAUUUCUCUUUGUCUUGGGAGUUUUGUCCUCUCAAGCUUCCUCUCGCCUUCUCAACGAGCAAACCAUGCUAGAAAUGCACGAGCAAUGGAUGGCACGUCAUGGACGCAUUUACAAGGAUGUCGAAGAGAAGAAUACACGAUUUCAGGCAUUCAAGGACAAUGUUCAACAUAUAAACGCCUUUAAUGAAGGUGUAGACCGAGCAUACAAGCUUCGUGUGAAUCAAUUUGCGGACUUAACCGAUGAGGAGUUUCGUGCUUCUUAUACUGGUUACAAGAAACAACCAACCAAAGUGACAUCUACCUCAAAACCAGCAUCUUUUAGGUAUGCAAAUGUUACGGAUGUGUCAGCUACUAUCGACUGGCGAGAGAAAGGUGCAGUUACUCCUGUUAAGGACCAAGGCCAAUGUGGAUGUUGUUGGGCAUUUUCAGCAGUGGCAGCCAUGGAAGGUAUUACUCAACUUAAAAAUGGUAACCUAAUAUCAUUGUCUGAGCAAGAGCUUGUUGAUUGUAAUGUGGAUAACAAUGGUUGUGGAGGCGGCUCUAUGGAUACGGCCUUUCAAUUCAUCAAACAAAACAAUGGCCUCACAACAGAAGAUAAUUACCCUUAUGCUGGACAAGAUGGCACUUGUGACAGCACCCGAGCAACAACCUCUGUAGCCAUGAUAACUGGAUACGAAGAUGUAUCAUCUAAUAAUGAGCAGGCUCUUCUGCAGGCUGUGGCCAACCAACCGAUUUCUGUUGCCAUUGAAGGUAGUGGAUCUGACUUCAAGUUUUACUCGAGUGGUGUCUUCACUGGGAAUUGUGGCACCAAUCUUGACCAUGCUGUCACUAUAAUUGGAUAUGGAGCUACAAGUGAUGGGACUAAGUAUUGGUUGGUUAAGAAUUCAUGGGGCUCCGGAUGGGGUGAGAAUGGAUAUAUGAAGAUCGAAAGAGAUGUUGCUGCAAAUGAAGGCUUAUGUGGCAUUGCCAUGCAUGCUUCUUACCCUAUUGUGUGAAAUAAUGAGGAUACUUAUGUUGCAUUAAGCUUUUAUGUGCAAACCUCAUGCACAAACCGACUAGCUAAUAAUGGCUUUCUCCAUGAGGGUCUGUCUAGUUUUUCUUCUACUCAUGCUUGUAUUAAUUUUUACAAAUGUUUGAAGACGCAAGGUGCUUUUUACCCUAGAAAUGUAAUCGCUUAAUAUUUUAUGUUAUAUUAUGUUUCUUAAAA